UUUUGCAUAUCAGCAAUGAUUCGCAUACGUGGAACCUGCUUUUCUGGCCCCAGAAACUGUUUGAAUCCGAAUGAAAAAAAAUAUUUAACAACAAAUUGGUGAUUAAAUAUCGGGAUUAGUUUUGACGCCUUUUCUCCUUGAAGUUGAUUGUGAAAAGUUGGAAUUUCCCCAUUCAAGGACCCAAAUAAGCCUCCAAUUGACUUCACAACAAUGCACCAAAAUCAAAGGUCUAUUUUUAACUGAUGCUCAGCGCGGCAAAACUAUCCGAAUGUAUGCUUUAUUGCGUUGUUCAUUCGGCACCUAAUUCCAAAUUUGCAAUCAGGAAAAAUUAGUAGCGGUUCCGUUGAAGCCGGUGAUUUUAUCGAAAAUCCUCUAUUCUAAUUGAUAUCAAUUUAACUCUCCACAUCCUCCGCAUACCCACUCAAGCAUUUCGAUCGUUAUUUGUUAAUUGCACUUUGUCAGGCAUCGUUCAGUAUGUUUUAUUGUUUAAAAGUAACUGCUGCAAUUUGUCCGCAGUCCCGCUUUGUGCAACUCGAAUGUGGGCCCCGAAAGUAUGAAGCAGGGCGAGGUGCGUCGAGCUCUGAUGGUUGCCACUUUGCUUUGCCUAUUCCUCUUCGUCUACUUGUAUUGGCAGCAAACGUCGAGGCCCCUUCACGCUCUUGUUCUCUCCUACAAGCACAUCUACAGACCGGAAAAAAAAUUGGAAGAACCUCAAUGGACCUGGCAGUGUGUGAACCAAAGAUGCGAGCGUCACCAUGUUACCGACGCCCUCAAAAUCACCUCACUCAGUACCUGCAGUAUGCUGUGUGGUUCCACUCAGUUAUGGCCGCAGCCUACUGGCCCGGUGACACUGGGUAGCAAAGCGCUAACAUUCAACGUGCAGCAUCUGAAGUUCGAACCAUUAGCGACUGGUGCCGCUCUCGAUCUCCUCACAGAGGCCCUCCGAUCGUUCAAUGAAAGUGUUGUGAACUUAGUGCAGAAUCGGGACCAUUUCAACGAAAAGACUGAAGAUGUUUCAGUGUUUGUGGUGCGGGUUAGUGUGGUGCAUGGGCACAUCAGCCGGCUGAAACUGAACACCGACGAGAGCUACAGUUUAGUGUUGAAAGCGAGGGGCGCUGAUAUUAUUGCGAAUAUUACGGCACGCACGUAUUUUGGUGCCAGACAUGGACUGGAGACUUUGUCGCAAUUGAUUUGGUGGGACGAAUAUGCAAGCAGAACCGGGAAAUUAAAGGUGCUUAAAGGAGCAACUGUGGAGGAUUCUCCCGCAUUUCCUUAUAGGGGACUGAUGGUUGACACUGCCAGGAACUUCAUGUCCAUCGAAAGCCUGGAGCGGGUUUUGGUUGGGAUGGCCGCCACCAAACUGAACGUGUUCCAUUGGCACCUGAGCGACUCCCAGAGUUUUCCAAUGGUGCUUCCAAACGUGCCUCAACUAGCAAAAACUGGCUCGUACAGUCCCCAAGAAACGUAUUCUCCCGAGGAAGUGAAGGCUUUGGUGAAAUUCGCCAGAAUUCGGGGGAUUAGAACGGUUUUGGAAGUAGACGUGCCAGCGCAUGCAGGAAAUGGAUGGACGUGGGGACCAAAAGAAGGGCUGGGCGAAUUGGCCGUAUGCGUGAAUGAGAAGCCGUGGAGUUUGUAUUGCGGAGAGCCUCCAUGUGGACAAUUGAAUCCAGACAACCCCAAUGUUUACGAUGUUUUAGAAAAAGUUUAUCGAGACUUGCUCGAGCUGAGCGACGAACGGGAAAUAUUCCACCUGGGAGGCGAUGAAGUCAACUUGGAAUGUUGGGCGCAACAUUUGCAAAAAGUGAACUCCUUAAGCAACUUCACCGAUUUGCAUGAUUUGUGGGGCGAAUUUACCGCGAAAGCGCUUGGGCGACUGCAGCAGGCAAAUGGAGGUGUGAAAGUGCCCCAAGUGAUCGUUUGGUCCAGUCGGCUAAGCAAACGGCCGUAUAUUGGCAAAUACCUGGACAAGAACCAAGUGACUGUGCAAAGCUGGGGCGCUAGUCAAUGGGCCGAUACUCCAGAUCUGGUAGCUGAUGGUUACAAAGUGCUGAUUUCGCAUGUGGACGCCUGGUAUUUGGACUGCGGCUUCGGCCGCUGGAGAGAAACGGGCGAAGCGGCAUGCGACCCUUAUAGGCCUUGGCAGACGAUCUACAAUCACAGGCCGUGGCAACAGCUUCGACUUAAUAAGGACAAAAUUUUAGGUGGAGAAGCGUGCUUAUGGACAGAACAAGUAGAUGAAUCUAAUCUGGAUUCACGAUUGUGGCCUCGAGCUUCUGCUCUAGCCGAACGACUCUGGACUGAUCCGCAACUGGAUACGACCACAUUUUCCAUCCCAGAAGAUGUGUACACGAGAUUGGCCACUCAUAGGGAGCGCUUGAUCAGCCGAGGCCUGAAACCAGCCGCUUUAUGGCCCACUUGGUGUUCACAGAAUCCUGGCAUGUGCUUAUAGAAUACGAUAGAAUGCGUGCCGAAAGGGGCGAGCUGAGAAAAUACUCGGGUAUUGGACAGGGACGGUGAUAGUUGAUGCCUUAGGGCGGUUUUUGCCCGCAAUCACAGGGUAAAUUCGACUGCAGCCAAACGUUGGUGUAAAAAAAUGAAUAACCGGCUGUGAAAAAUGUUAUGUUGGAACUUUCGGGUUGAGUUUUAGGAUUUUUCCACGUUUUUCCUUUCAAUUUGUGGUAUGUUGUUCGUGGAUGUGAAUGUUCCAAACUGCGACUGGGAGAAGCUAAAAAAGCACUCUGGUUUUACCCCCCACAAAAAAACGAAAAUUUCCAAAUGAGCCAAUCGGUGUUUUAUGUUUGACUGUGAAAUUUAAAUAGUGUGAGGCCCACAGUUGAUAUUUUAGACAAGACUAGGACAAGAAGAUAUUCUAAAUAGAAAAUUGUAUAUACAUUUUACGAGCGUAGAUAGCAAAUGCAACGUAACUUAAUUAUUCGAACUUACCGACCAAGUUGGACGAAUUUGUUAAGUUUAAGUAGCUGUUAGUUUCUUUUUAUAAAUAAACGCUUUUUCAGUGUGAAAA